GAGAGAUUGAGCGACUCGGUAAUGGCGACGGCGAUGGUGAAUGGCAAGGGUGACGCGCGCUCACGGUGUAGCAGAAGGAGGAACGGCAGCGCUGUGCGUCGGCGCCGCGCAGUGUUGCCAUUCGGCCAACCAGGAGCCACGAGGAGGCCGCAGCAGUCGGUGUAUACUGCCGCCAGUCAGUCAGUUUUUGUCUCUCGGGUACGCGGCAGCUGCUCGGCCGGGAAGUCUGCCGCCGGGAUGCACGAAUGUGUCAUGUGACACGCGUUAAACGUACCAAAAGCAGAAGAGCUUCAAGAUCGCGUAGUAAAGUAAAGCGUUAAGUUGGCAAAGUAAAGCACGAUGCUCGAAAGCGCGACGUAAACGCGACAUUAUGCUUCCUGUUGUACACGCUGCCACCUGUGCGUCUGUAAAUCGCUCCAGUGGAUAUCUUGCGAACGGUUAGAACAAAAGCUCUCUCGGUUCUCUCUGUCGUCAGGAAUUAGGUAGGUUUGCCGUUUGGCACUUUGAUUCUCAAGACCGAUCGCGGCUGCUGGACUGGUUAAUCGGUCAAAGACGGGCCUCCCUCUCGUAGCCUAUCGAUCCGAUCAGACCUGUUCCUUACGAUUUUACUCACAUCUACUUUUUAUAUUCGUCAUUGUUGUCAUUGUUGCUGUCGUCGUCGUCGUCAUUAUCAUCAUUGAUAGCAGCUGACUUUGUAUAAGACGUAAACAUAGAUGCAAACAAUAAGUCUAUAAGAACGAAAGAGGAUCGUACAGAGAUUAAAAAGCAAGAAGAACAGAAGGAGCACGUGCAACGUUGCAGAGAGAGAGAGAGAGAGAGAGAGAGAGAGAGAGAACGUGUGCGCGUGUGUGUGCGUACGUGCGCGCGGAUGGAUGUGAGAAAAAGAUGAAGAAACUAUAGCGAAGAAGGAACGGAAUGAAAGAUUGGUGCUCUACUGGAUCCAAUCACUUUGCAGGUAUUAGGAGGGAUGAGGGAGCGGGUGGUGGUUCGGGGUACGUGGUGGUCGGUCGUCAUCGAGAUCGUCGUCGCCGUCAACGUCGUCGGUGAGCUGCUGCUGCUGCUCGUGGGGACGACGACCGCGGAUACUUUGCCGCAGUCGUCGUCCCCAUCGCCAUCGGGAGUCGAGGGAAUCGAAUCAUCGCGGAGCCCGUGCAUCGGAAUAAAAGGGUGCGACUGCGGAAAUGGGCCGAGCACGCUGUACUGCGAGAACCGGAGUUUUCUCGGUCUGGGUUUAUCAGCCGAAGUUCGCGACGUCAGCCUGAGAAACGUUCGAGCAUCGACGAUACCAAUCGCGGCCUUGGAAAACAGCAGUAACCUGCGAACACUCUCCUGGACGCGAAGUGGCAUCGAGAUACUCGAACCGGGAGUAUUUAGGGGGACCCCGGAACUCGAGAGACUGGACCUAGGUGAAAACCGAGUGAGCAUCCUCCAGCCGGACCUUCUGCACCCUCUGCGUCGGCUCAAGUACCUAAACCUCACGCAGAAUCGACUUACGAACCUACCGCAGCACAUCUUCCAAGGGCUCGAGUCCCUGGAGGAAGUAUACCUCACGGGAAACCGACUGACUGACGUACCCUACCAAGUGUUCGGACCCGUGAGACUGUUACGAGUGCUCGACGUCUCCGGGAAUUUCCUCGUCUGGCUGCAGGAUCACACCUUCAAGCCUAAUCGCGCCCUACGCGAGCUUAGACUCUCGGAUAACCGUUUGACCAGGUUCCCCUCUCACGUCUUCUCGGAGCUCCGAGAACUCCGAAUCCUCGACCUCCGCGACAACGCGAUCGACGUCCUGCCACGCGGUUUGUUCGCCGAUCUGAGCGCCCUAGAGUUCCUCGACCUCGGUGGCAACCCGAUCUCAAACUUGUCGAAUGUCGCGUUCCAGGGUCUGUCGAGCCUGCGAUGGCUAAGCCUGAGCAACACGAGGCUCUCCGCGGUUCCUCGGGAGCUUUGGAGGCCCGUGCCUCGGCUGCGAGCAUUGCACCUCAGCCGUACCAAAAUAGAGAUUGUCAGGGACGGCGACCUCGCGGGACUCGACGGACUCGAGAGCCUCCUCAUGAGCGAGGCUCCGUUGCGCGAGAUCGGGCCCAAGGCCCUUGACGACACGGCCAACCUACGUAGGAUCGACCUACGCGGCAACCAGCUGGCCUUCCUCCCGGCGAACAUCGCCUCGCUGCCCCUGACGGAGCUGCAGCUCGCGGGGAACCCCUGGGCCUGCGACUGUCGCAUGUUCUGGUUCAUCAAGUGGGCCGAGGACCACGCGCACCGCGCUGCCUUCGACACCGGGCUACGUUGCGCCGCUGGAACUACCCUGGACACCAUUGAUACCCUAAGAUACUUGAAUUGCAGUCCGCCUGUGCUCGCGCGUGCCAGCGCCACCAGGCAGCAUCGUCUCCUGAGCAGGGUACUUCUAGAGUGCGAGUUCCACGGGAAUCCAGCGCCAUCGAUAACCUGGGUGACACCUACGCUCAGGAUUCUACAUUGGAACCCGGAUCCUUCCUUCCCCGAUGCCUUCGUCAAGCAUCCUCCUGCGCACCAUCCGAACGACCUCAAGAAUCCGCCCAGCGUCCGGCUCGACGACCGAAUAACACUCUACGACAACGGGUCUCUCUACAUCAGCCAGCUGCUGCGGCAGGACGUCGGACUCUACAAGUGCUUCGCCGUAAAUCCCAUUGCCAAUGCCACGACCUACGUCACACUUCACAUGGAUCCCAUUACCUAUCACCAGAUCAAGAUCAUCAGCAUCGGAGUUGGCGCCGCCAGUGCCGCCGGAUUUCUCCUGCUCACUCUCUUUGUUCAGUUCCUGAGAUAUCUCUUCGAGAGAUGCGGCUGCAAUAGGUGGUGCCUCUGCUGCCGUCGUGUCGGCGUGACACCGCGCGCCAAGCAGAUCUACCAGAUGCUCGACAACAUCGAGCAGUACAAGAGCCAGCAGCUGGAGAGGCUUCGCGAGAAUUACACUCAGCAGGUUCACAGGAUAAAGGACAACUGUGCACAGCAAAUCGAGUGGAUUCGCGACAGCUACGAGGGUCAAAUGCGACACAUACGAGACAUUCGGGACUACGGGACCAGUCACCUGACUUCCCUGCGCGAUCAGUAUUACGAUCAGGUCAAAAGGGUACGCGACUACUCGACGGGACAGCUCAAUUGGGUCAGAGAGAACUACGUCUUCCAGCGUAACAAGAUACGAAAGUUCAGUGCGCAUCAAGUAUUACGUUUGCGCGAGAGCUACAAGUACCAGCAGCAAACGUUGAACAAGGUGCUCGAGAAUCUGCCGAAUCUCUACUUUGACAACUGUCGAAGUGGUUCCUGCGGCAAGAGUGACUCCAUGGUCUUUGACCCAAGCGACAUCGUCGGGAUGGACACCUACUUCAAGGCGAAGCUCAACGACCUGGCCGCUGGAUUUAGUCUCGAUGACGUAAACAGCGAGUACUACACGCCUACGGAGAUGUCGAGCAGUCCGCACGGAAUGGCUGUGAUCGAAGGGUUUCAUAUCAAUUACAUCGAAGACGGGCCACCCGCGCCGAUCCCGCCGAUCCCACCGAUCCCGCCGAUCCCGCCCUCGACGCUUCUUCGUCGGAUUAAGGAGUUCGAAAGUGGCCACGCGAGCGGGUUGGCUCGACAGCCGAUCUUCCGUGGCACCAGUGCCGAAGCUCUGCCCGAAGACUUGUCAGACUCCCCGGAAGGACUUGGACUCUUGGCGCCGAGUAUCAGCCUACCGGAUCUUCCACGUGAAACCAGACUCUAGUACAAAAGCGCAUGCAACGAAACAAGCUUUUCCCUCCUGAGAUUUCGUCAACGUGACACAGGAGAAGGCAGUAGUGUUCCCUCGGGCUUGUAGUCGGUGACAACUGCGAUCGCAGUGACGAUUGUGAUGCUUGGUGCUGACAGAGAGGUGGCCGGUGGCGGUGAUAGUAGUGUUUAUGGUGAGGGGGCGGGGGGCGGGGGGGGGUGAUCGCGGCGAUGGAGAACAUGGUAGACGUGAUAGUAGUGAUAGUGUCGAGGAACGGUGUAUCGUCCUCUCGCAAUCAAUGUGAUUUGCCUUUGGUGAGAGAAGUUUCCUAGUCGAGGCGGAGAUACGGAAAUUAAGAUAAUCGAGAGAAAGGACGAUGGAAGAUAAAAAAAAAAACAAGCAUGCGAGCCAUUAAGUGCCAAGCCACGCAUCUAUGAUCUGAGAAAAGCAGAAGGAAAUAUGGGAGAGCGCACGUUAAACGUAGAAAAAAAAAAAAAAAAAAAUUGCGGACAGUUUCCAAGGAGAAGAGGCCCUUGAGCAUCCAGUGCACCGCGAUCGCGCAUUCCGUAUCGACGAGGGUGGCGACGUCGCGAGAAACCUUGGAAACUGUCCGCCUCAGUGUUAUCGUUGACGACUUGAAGAAUUCUUCGCCAUUAAAACAAUUUAUAAUUUCUAAUGAUAUAUUUGUAUACCUAGGCGUCAAUUUCGUAAGGUUGAAAAUUCCUAUUGAUUUCACUGUAAAUAGCGAGCAUAUUAAUGAAUGACUGAUUGCAUACGCGCGCACGUGCGCACGUAUACAUUUGCGCUUGUUAAUCGUAUGCAUAUUGGGAGAGCAAAUACGAAAAGAGCGAAUCAGUAGGUGAGGUGAGACGUGAAGGAAGAAAGUAUUCGUUGAAUCGAUAAUCGAGCAGGUUCAUAAUUCAAUCAAGAAUUUAUUGCGAAUAUCUCUUUAUCGAGAGCUAAUAUUUUCCGGUUUCGGUGACUGUUCGUCGCAACUAGCUGAUGGAGGAAAAAUUGUUUAAUCGAUAAACAAAGACAAAGUUAUACACGAAUGAGAGAUUAUAAGCACUGUGAAAAGGGAAUGAAACCUGAGUGUGAAGAAAAAAAAAGGAAAGAAGAAAAAAAAAACAAGAAAAUAAGAACGGACACCGUACGUAAUAUCAUUGAACACCUACCAUAUCUUCACAAUUGUUAUCUCUGAAAGCAAUUAGCACCAGAUAGUGUUUAUUCGUAAGAUUGUGAAUAAGCACGGAGAAUGCAGCCUCUUACUUAAGAAGCUCCGUGGAGAAGCGAUAUGGGGAUAUGCGCGCGCACGUCACGUGCAGCCGCAAAAGGUUUUCUCUUGAACCAUCCCCGUUUGAGCGUACGCGAGAACCAGUAAUAAUUCCUAAGAAACGACAAGCUUCUCGUCUAAAUAUAAACGACGACGAGAAUGGCUAGGAAGACGCCGGAGCGGCUACAGCGAGCGAGCGUCGAAGAUAACCUAAAAGUGCGAAAAUACACGUCAGCAUACCUCUGACGUCGAGUCACGUGGGCACGGCAGUAGAAUUUUUUUUUUUUUUUUUUUUUU